AUGACCUGUUCUGUCUACUCUAUUGAAGGGACAGUUCCACUUUCCUGCCAAAACCUUGCGGGGCAUUGUUAUUCACUGCUUGAUACCAGUCUGAAGUAUUUAGGCCUCUCGGGCUGCAGUAGACGUCUUCAGUCAAGUCCAGACUCCAGCUCUGAAAGACAUCAACUUGGAGAUUUCUUUUCACACCGUUGUCAAGCUCCACAAAUGACUGCAUCAGACUGCUAUGUGCGCUUGUGGCUGCCAUCUGCUUCAAAUGAAAAGCUUCAGACCAAAACUAUCAAGAAUUCUGACAACCCUGUCUGGAAUGAGAUUUUCUACUUUAGGAUUCAGAGAGAAGUUGAGAACAUUUUGGAAUUGGCAGUGUGUGAUGAAGAUCCACUCAGCAAAGAUGACAUGCAGUUCACAAUUCUUUUUAAUAUUGCUAGAGUCAGACCCGGAGAGAGAGUCCGUGAGAAGUUUGCUUUGAAAUCAGAGAAAGAGAGGUGCAUUAAGAAAUGGGAAAGUCUGGAAGUGGAAUUCUGGAUGGAAAAAAUUCCUGGCCCUCCAGAGUAUGUCAUUACCAAUGAUGUCCUAGUGUCCCGUGAAGUUUGGUGUUUGGAAGUACAAGUGGACCAUAUUGAAAGCAGGAAAUAUCUGCGAGAGGGUAAGAAUCUUGUGCUUACGGUGCCUGCAUCUCAUGAAGGAACACAGAAAGCUACAGAAGACACAAAUACCUUCUACUUCCAUUGUGUGAAGGCUUGGGAGCCAAUUCUAAAAGCCAGGCUACAGAAAAUUUCUGAUAAGGAAGAUGACACAAACAAUUUAAGUGACACCUUAACAGUACCACUGAAAUUUCUCCCUGUUGGGCAUAAAGUGAAAGUAACCCUCCCUGUAAGACAUAAUGUGCCACUGCAAUUGUACCUCCAACUGAAUGAUUGCACAGAAAAACUUGAUGUGCGCUUAGGAUACGAUCUGUGCCAAGAAGAGCAGGAAUUCUUGCAAAAAAGGAAGAGAGUGGUUGCCAGUGCCCUGAAAAGGGUUUUUCAUCUGGAAAGAGAUCUACAUGGACAUGAGGUCCCAGUAAUAGCUGUUAUGGCAACAGGCGGAGGCCUCAGAGCAAUGUCAGCUAUGUUUGGCCACCUCUUAGCUCUUCAGAAGCUAGAUCUGUUGGACUGUGUUACCUAUCUCACUGGGGCUUCUGGCUCAACAUGGACCCUAGCAGACCUGUAUGAACAUGCAGAUUGGUCACAAAAGAGUCUGGAAGGGCCACUCAGAGCAGUAAAAACACAGGUGACAAAAUGCAAGCUAAACCUUAUGUCUAUGGAGCAUCUGAAAUAUUAUCACAAGGAACUUGCUGAAAGGGCAAAAGCAGGACACGUCUCAUCUUUUACAACACUGUGGUCACUUGUUCAGGAAAUGUUCUUACAUGGACGGCCAAGAAAGUACAAACUCACAGACCAGCGCAGGGCAUUGGAGCAUGGGCAAAACCCAUUGCCUUUCUAUGCAGUCCUCAAUGUCAAAGAGGAAAAGUUCAGCACUUUCAAAUUUAGAGAGUGGGCUGAGUUUUCUCCUUAUGAAGUGGCCAUACCAAAGUACGGAGCCUCCAUUCGUUCAGAAUAUUUUGAUAGUGAGUUCUUCAUGGGAAGACGAGUGAAGAAGCUGCCAGAAUCUCGGAUCUGCUAUCUAGAAGGUCUUUGGACAAACAUCUUUACUAGGAAUUUGCUGGAUGGCUUGUACUGGUCCUCAAAUUCAAAUGAAUUCUGGGAGCGAUGGGCCAAAGAUAUGGUAGAUAUAGAAAAACAUUCUCCUGAGGAGGAUACCACUAUCAUUGAGCCUCCAUCUUGUUUGUCGGGGAAGUUGUAUGAAAUGUUUCAGGACAUUAUAACAAAGCGUCCACUACUGGGAAAGUCUCAUAACUUCCUGAGAGGCUUAGAAUUUCAUAAGGAUUAUGUCCACCAGAGAAAAUUUAUUGAAUGGAAAGACACCGUGCUGGACGCGUUCCCUAACAAUCUGACACCACUGCAGAAAUAUCUUUGCCUGAUAGAUGUUGGCUAUUUCAUUAACACCAGUGGUGCAGCACUUUUCAAGCCAGAGAGGAACGUAGAUGUCAUUAUCUCACUUGAUUAUGGUUUGGGGAAUGCAUUCAAGCAAUUAGAGAUGACAUACAAAUAUUGCAAGAUACAAAAAAUCCCAUUCCCCAAAGUGGAGAUAAGUGAAGAAGAAGCAAAGAACCCAAAGGAAUGUUACGUGUUUGAAGAUGCAGAGGACCCGAGAGCACCCAUAGUAAUUCAUUUCCCCCUUGUGAAUGACACAUUUAAGGAAUUCAAGGCACCUGGGGUAAAGCGCAGUCUCUCAGAGAUGGAAGAAGGCGAAGUAAAUCUGGAAAACAACUGUUCACCCUAUUACCUCAUUAGGCUAAUCUACUCUCCUGAAAAUUUUGACAAACUUGUGAACCUGAGCAAGUACAACAUCCUCAACAACAGAGACCUGCUCUUUCAGGCACUUCAGAAUGCUGUAGAACGGAAAAUAAGUUGCACGACUUGGAAUCUCCCCAGCCACUCUGGAGCUGGAUAUGCCUAGGCUGGGUUUUCAUUCUUUUCCUCACUGAAGGCUACAACAGUCACAUUACAACGAACUCAUAACAAUCACAGUCACAUUACAAUGCAUCACAGUGUUCAUUAUUUGCAGGAGUCUGAGGAAACCUGUACAUUUCUCAUCUUGCCUUGUUCAAGUUCCUAGCUUUCAAAAGGAUUUAUGUAAUCUUCCUCACCCAAGUUUUCAGACCACAAGAGCCUCACAGUGUAGUUUUACUUGACAAGCAAUGAGAGUCCUGGUUAGCAGAGGACUUUCAAGAGUUUCCCAAUGCUGUAAAAAAUGGUGGUGGUUAUAGCAAUAGUUCUUUACAUGUGCCUGUUCCCUCAAUCCUGAGCCCAUUAUCAGUGCUUUUUGUAUGAUACAAUUACAAACCAAGUCCUGGCUGUUUGCAUUCAGUAAUGUCCAGAUUUUCAGCUAGGCUGAGCAGCAAGAAUUUGCACUGAAUUGGUGGGCUCAGCUCUGAAGUCAGGCCAAAGAGUCAUACAUACCUGUGAACAAUAGCCAAUCUGCAGUGUGGACUGUUACAUUCUGUUUGGCUAAUUCCCCUUGCUUAUUCCAUUAUUCCUUUAUUCCAUUCCCCUGCAAAUGUUUGGCAGAGAAAUGCUGCUCCAGACUGCCACGAAGGGGGCAGUUACAUUUCAAGAAGAAAAGACAUGAGAGUAUGGUUCUUUCUUUUGAGUUUUGGCUGGAGGAAAAAUUCCACUUAAGGCAUGAGUGAUUAUUUUCAUUUAUAUGGGCAGUGCCUGUAUGAAUUAAAAUGUCAAGAGCUUUUGAAAUAAAAAACUCAGGGUGAAUAGUUACCACAGACACAAGUAACUACAUUUAAUUCAAGAACGAUGACCAAGACCUAAGCUAGUGCUUCUUAUGGGUGCAAGCUGAAUGCAGGAUAAAAUAAUUAAUGUAACAGAGUGCAUAGAUACUGUAUUUUCACAACUAGAAGAUUUUUUUUCGCCUUUACAGUCUUUAUCCCUAACAUCACAGGCAAGGUAUUUUUAAUAGGUGCUACACUAAAAUGGAACACAAAUAAAAAAAAAAAGGAAAUUCUUUUUCACACCUCUUUGCUGGAGGAAAAUACUCAGAAAAGAACGAUGCCUGGUUUUCAUUUGCUUGGGAUUAUAGUGAGAGAUAUUGCCUUGAUCUAUGAGCUUGGAAUAUUGUUAUGGCUCUCCACAGCAUUAAAAAGAUGGUAGAGAAGGAUGUGGAGCGCACAAAACAUAAAUCAGAGAAGUUUCUAGGUUUCAUAGCACUGAAGGAGCUGGGCCUGCUUUUGGCAUAUUUAAUCCAAACACAGGACAUUCACAGAGGCCCAGGAAACUCUUGCACAUUUCUUCUGUGUUGGAAAUGUACUUGAUAUCUAGAAUGAGUUAUACUUAAAAUUAAAGAAAGAGAAACAGGUCUGCCUAUUUGGUGUAUGCAGGCAGUAUCUGAGCUCAGAGGAGAACACCCACAAAAAGUUUCAUUGCCUGAGCCCUGUUCCUAUAAAAUGCUGCAAGUAAAGGCAGUAAAUAAGCCUCUGUGAUACUCCUUGUAUGGUGCUUACUUAUUGAGCUGAGGAGCACCAUGAGAAGAAAGAAUUAAUCAGAUAUGGCUGCAAGAAAGACAGAGCUGUUUUGAGUUGAGUUGAAAAGUAAGAUGACAGCAGGGGGUAUCUCAGAAAACAAAGUCUUACCAGCAGGAUUUGUGACCUUCCUGUAGGAGAACAUGUCCUGGUGCAGUGUGCCAUGGUGCAGGCAUAUGCACGCAGGAGCAGAGACGGCUGUAUGCUGUUUUACCUCAUCUACCUAAUUUUUACAUGCUGCUAAAAAAACCAUUUUGUUCAUGGGUACAUGAGUGGCCCCUAACACCUGGGGAUCUUGACAGCAUGUAGACAGCAGUGACACAUUUUGAAUGCACUAAGGGAACGGGCUCUGUGUGCUCCACCUAAUAACUGGGGCAUGGUUUGUGCCUGCACAGUGCUGCUAAUGCACACAGAAAUGCCCACUAAAACGUGAAAGAAAUGGGAAAAAAACCAACAAACCCAGGGUGCCCAGACAACCAAGUCAGUGGGGUCAGUGGGGAAUAGGUUCUCUGAGGGACUGUUAAACCCUAUGGUAGGAUGAAGGAGGUUAAGGUGGGGAGGAGGGGUGUGAAGAUGUAUUGAUGGUUCCUUUGCCAUGGAACUGUCACCCAUGAUCCUGCAUUGCACACUGGGCCAGGGCUGCUGGUUAAUCUCACAGCCAACACUGUGCUGUGUGCCCCAGAGUCUCCUUGAGGUCCCAUGUGUUACCCCUGUAGCUUUAGAAGACAAUACCUAAGUUUUAAAUGCUUUCUGUUGCAUUUCAAAGCCUGUAAUUAAAUGAGGGCUGCACCACUGCCUAUGAGAAGGUGGGGUUAAUUUCUUUUUUGUUGUUUGUGAAGCCGAGGGAGCUUGUUGUUGGUCUGACAGUGUGGCAAAAGGCCCUGGAGGGUGUUUGUGAGGGUGAAGUGCGGCAGGACAGGGAGCUGGUGGGCUCAGCCAAACAGCCUGAACCCACAAAACCAGAAAGUGUACUUACAGUGAGUGAUGUGCAGCUGGUUAGUGUCCUGUGCUCCUCCGUCCUGCUCUUCUUUCUGGUGGACGCAAGUCUAAAGGAAAGGACCACUGAAAAUGUUGUGUGCUUGUUCCUCAUCCCCAGGCACGUGUCUUGCUUACAGACAGGUCUGUGCCUGCUGUUGUGGAGUUAUGUUUGUUUAACUGCUGAAAAUGAAUUCAUGCCUGCAACAUGCCCAUUCGAAAUGCACCCCAGGUCACAGCUCUCAGAUGAACAUUCAGCUGGAAAACCCCCAGAAACACAGAGCUUGCUAUCUGCUGCUGAACACAGAGGAAAAAAUGUUCUUACAACUCUUAGCUAUAGCUGUAUAGAAAUUGCUUAUAUCUAUUAACUGCUUAAUAAUACAACCAUUAAAACAU